AUGGAACAGUCUGUUUCAUUCCACCUCACUGGGAUUCCUGGCUCCAAGAAUGUUAAUCAUUUUAUUUCCAUCCCCUUUCAUGUGUGCUACUUGAUUGGAAUAGUGGGCAACUGUACAAUCCUUCACACCAUCCACAUAGACAAGAGUCUCCACAAGCCCAUGUACUACUUCCUGGCCAUUCUGUCCCUUACUGACAUGGGCCUGUCUAUCUCUACCCUGCCCACAGUAUUAAGAAAUAUUCUAGUACUAAAAAAUCUUGAUACUAGGAAGAUUGAGGUAAAUGCUUGUGUAUCCCAGAUGUAUUUUAUUCAUACUUUUUCCCUGAUGGAGUCAGCUGUGCUUCUAGCCAUGGUUUUUGACCGCUAUGUUGCCAUUUGUGAUCCUUUGAGGUAUUCCAGCAAACUCACUCCACAGCACACUGUGUACAUAGGGGUCUUCAUUAUAAUCAGAUGUUCUGUUGUCCUCCCUGUUAUUCUUGUUUGUAUUCCCACACUUUCCUUCUGUCACUCGCAUGUUCUCUCUCACUCUUUCUGCUUGCAUCAAGAUGUCAUCCAGAUGGAUCCAUGGACAUUGGAUCCAUGUCAUCCAAUGAUGAAUGACAUCUCAUUCAACAUUUUAUGUUUGUUUGUUGUUGGAUUUUAUUGGGGUGUAGAUUCUCUAGGAAUCUUCUUAUCUUAUGCAUUCAUCCUCCAUUCUGUGCUAGGCAUUGCAUCCUAGGGAAGGAAGCUCAAAGCUUUCAAUACAUGUGCUUCCCACAUUUGUGCUGUAUUCAUUCUAUAUGUGCCCAUGAUCGGGCUAUCCUUAGUGCAUUGCUUUGCAAAACACUCCUCCCCCUUUUUCCACAUGAACAUGGCCAAUAUUUACCUCUUAGUUCCAACAGUACUUAACUCAAUCAUUUAUAACAUCAAGACAAAGCAGAUUCGCCAAGGUUUCCUAAGGGUACUAUCACACAAAAGGGUUGGACUUACUCACACUUAA